UUUCCGUGUGGUGUUACCUGUUGGGACCAUAUAUUAUCUGUCGUAUCUAAUUACCUUUAGGACCGACUGGACUUCGAUAACAACCGGCACGAUCAGUCGGGGGAACAUGGAUGGGCAUUGGCAGUGGUGAAGGUGCUGUAAACAGGAAGUAUUGCAAUAGCUUCAAUAAAUAUGGCGACUUCGACGUCACAACCGGAUGACGUCAACUGUCCUGACGAUUCUAAGGACGGUUUGGUUGCUGGGUUAGUCAUCUGUGUCGUCCUACUAGUAGCUGUGACUGGAAUCCUGGUGUUCUUUAUUGCCAAACACAAGGGUUGGAUAAAAACGGGCAGAUUGAAUUUCAAAAUCCCAAAACUUAGAAGAACAGGACAAACCAACGAAAGGGGAAAUUGUGAGUCAUCAACAUAUCAAGAAAGAGUAUCACCAAAAGAUUUGAAAUCUAAAACAACUGGAAAUAUGUCGUACGAUAUGUGUCUACCUACAAAUACUGGCACCGGAACCAGAAGUGAAAAUAUAAAGAACGACGAACAUGAUCAGUCAGCCGGAACGCGGAUAUCGACAGUGAGCGGGAGGUCUUAUCUGGAACUUAUUGUUGAACCAGACAAUUCACCAAUGUAUGAAAAUGUCGAGAACACAAACCUGAUGAGAAAUAAAACUGGUGAUGAUCACAAAUUAAAUGUUUCCAAUGAGCGUCAGAGCGAUAUAUACAUUAAUUUUGGAAGUGACGUCAGUGAUGAUAAAAAUGGUGGAAGCUUAGAGGAACAGGAAGGUGAAGAGUGUGAUCAGAUUUAUACUAAUGUUGAGAUUUCUGAAGAAAACCUAAGUAGACAUGGCAACAGCAAUUCAGACGAAAUUACUGGUGAAGGUGGAGAAAAUUAUUUUGUUUUGGAAAAAACAGAUAGCGUUCAAGAUGAAUCGUAUCUACCAAAUGCCAAAAACCAAUUCGAAAUUUCAGAAAACUAUUUUGUGCUAGAGCCGCAGAAUGAGAGCGAUGAUUAAUGAAACUUUCUCUCAGACAGGAAGCUGUGAAUAUCAAAUAUUCAAAUGCGACCAAUCGUAGUAAAGGUCAUCUGACUUUUGACGUCACACGAAAGGUUCCACCCAUUCAUGAUGUAACGUGACCCAACAGACUUGUGUGACAAGAUAUUGGUUGGUUUUAGUCCACCAUUUAUUUCAUAUUCAGUAUUGUUUUUGGUUUAACUCCGAGAACAUACUAGAUAUUAUUCAUUAUUUAGAAAUAGAAUUACGACAUUUUUAUUGUGUUUUCUUUGAAUUAAAUUUCAAUGUUAGCACUGUUCUAUGAAUCUAGUGAAUCUAACAAUGUUCUAUUACACACUAUAAGUGUUUCAACAUGCAUUGUGGUAAAAUUUUACUUAACAUAAAUAUAUGUAGAGAACUCGAACUACAGUGUCUGUUGUAUACCCAGUAUAACUAAAUUGAGUGGCCCGUUGCUAACCUUCUCGGUGCCACUGCCUCAGAUUUGGUCAUUAGUUAACUAUGAGGAAGACAUACCGGAGCCAGUUCCUAUUAUCUACUUACGUUCAGCAUUUUGGGAGUGUGUAAUUACUGGUUUACCGAUUGGCAAUAUGUAGUCGGAUGUGAUGUCCUGCUUGGUGUCUUCGGUAGUAUGUUUCAGUGAGGUAGCACUAUAAAGUCAGCAUUAGUUAAGCGCUAUUACAAGUAUACAACAAUAAUAUGCAUGUGUUUACACUUUGAAUUGACAGUUACCGUUACAACAAUAUAACGUCAUUUCAACGAUUGCUCCCUGCCACGAUCUCACGUUAAGGGGUUGGAGACGAGGAUAGUCGCUGAUCGAAAUGUGUUCGUUUCCCAAUGAAUGUAAAUUCUUGAUCAUAUUCGGCUGCUGCAUCAGACAAUGUCUUCCAUAGAUUUAAUUUCAAUGGAUGCUCAAUACACUGCACACCGUGUACUUAUGUACCGAGGAUAAUUUAGGAUAUCACAGUAACGAUAGUGUUCUCGUCUGGUUGCGAGACCACACACUGAUGUGUAACAGUCUCAUUCACCGAUAAUGUCGGGAUAUCUCUCUCCGUACCCACCUUAAUUAGCCAGUGACGGUGUUAUACUUAUCAUUGCUGUAUGUUAUGAUGAUGUUAAAUUAAGUUUACACAUACAAGGCAGGCCCAGAGGAAAGUGACUCGUUAGAGGUAAUAGGACGUACAAACAAUUAUUCUAUAUAAUAGCAAUAAUAUUUCACCUUGACAUGCA